AUGGUGUUAGUGACGACGGACACGUUCCUGGACAAAGUCGCCGCGUUCUACGCAGCAGCGCACGACUCGAAGGGCUCUGUCGCCAUCUCGUGCAAGAGCGUGCCAGUGACCAAAGCAAAUGGGAAAGCGCAGCAGAAGAUCCGGAAGCUGACGGUGGAAGACGGCGAGCACGUGCUGCUGUUCCGCGCUUGCAAGUACGGCAACAAUAAGCACAAGAAGAAAUACAGCACAGUGGUGACGGCAGUGCAUCACGCGUCGUUCCACGCGUCGCUGAGUCAGAUUGUCAAGACGAAAGUGGACGCGACCACGAAGGACAUGGCUGGCAAGAGUGCGGGGAAGCGCGUGGUGGCCAAAGUGACGAAGACGGCGCAAUAG